CGAUAAUCUUAGCCAUCUCCAUACAAAAAGGAGCUCAUCCUUUCUUUUUUAGGAGACUUUUCUUCCGCCUACAGUAUCAGUUUUCAACGCGCUUAAUCUUGGAGCCAUGGACGUUUUUUAUACAAGAAAUUUCCUAGGUUGUGAGUAUUCUUUGUCAGAACUUAAUAACCCAUAUUUGAGGAGAAAGCUAAGGAUUCCCUUGUUCUUUUUUCACAAAUGAAUAUUUUAAGAUUCUUCAAUCUUUUUCUGCUCAAGUUUGCCAUCAUUACCCUAUGCUCAAUAACUCCACUCUCAGCCCAAAAUUCAAGUGCAGUGAAGGUAGAUGUUGGGGUGAUUCUUGAUUUGAAAACAGAGAGUGGGAAGAUGAGGAAGACAAGCAUGUCAUUAGCUCUUGCUGAUUUCUAUGGCAGUGGCAGCCAUAACACCCAGAUUAUCCCUCACUUCAGAGACUCAAAUAGUGAUGAUGUUGCUGCAGCUGCUGCAGCCAUAGACCUGUUGAAGAAUGUAAAAGUGCAGGCAAUCCUGGGGCCUCAGAUGUCCACACAGGCAAAUUUUGUGAUUGAUAUCGGGAAGAGAGUCAAAGUUCCUAUUCUUUCUCCCGCCACAAACCCUUCACUUUCUCCCAACCAAAGCGAAUACUUCAUCAGAGUCUCACAGAGUUCAUCUGCUCAGGUCAAAGCCAUUGCCGCCAUCGUCAAAGCUUUUGGCUGGCGGGAGGUCGUGUUCGUUUACGAGGACAGUGACUUCGGGAGGGGCAUUCUCCCUCAUUUGACCGACGCCAUGAUGGAAGUCAGCGUCUUUGUCCAUUACAGAAGCGCUCUGGCACCUUCGGCAGACGACGAGCUAGUCCUCAUGGAGCUCUACAAGCUGAUGACGAUGCAAACAAGGGUGUUCAUCGUGCAUCUAUCGCCGGCCACCGGAUCCCGCCUUUUUCUGAAGGCGAAUGAUGCUGGAAUGAUGAGUGCAGGCUACGUAUGGAUUCUCACGCACUCAUGCAUGAGUCUUUUGGGGUCCACUGAUCCUACAAUGAUUGAUAACAUGCAAGGAGUACUGGGGGUGAAGCCGUACAUACAACCAUCCGCUCAGCUGAAAAUCUUCACAAAGAGAUGGAGAAGGAAGUUUUAUGAGGAGAACCCAGCGACGGACGACGAAGUAGAGAUGUUAGACAUUUUCGGGUUGUGGGCAUAUGAUAGCAUGACAUUAUUAGCCAUGGCUCUUGAGAGAGUAGAUGCAGCCCAUCAAGGAUUCAAUUCAGUGGUCAACAGAGGAGAGCCUUUAUCUGACAUGGACACUAUCGGGACCUCACUUUUAGGGCCUGUACUCAUAGAAUCGCUGAGAAAUAUCAAAGUCAAAGGGAAAAGUGGUCAAUUCAAUGUUGUAAACGGAGAGUUGCAGCCAUCGGUGUUUCAGAUUGUGAAUGUGGGUGGAACAGAGAGAAGGGUAGGGUUCUGGACAGAAGAGUAUGGGCUCUCCAAGAAGCUGAAGCAUAGUAGUAGUGAUAGCACAAGUGUACUGUACACAGCUAACAUGGAUGAUCUUGGGGUAAUCACCUGGCCAGGUGACUCUGAUAUAGUUCCUAAAGGAUGGGAAAACCCCACAAAUGGGAAAAAGAAGUUAAGGGUUGGAGUUCCUGUUAAAGGAGGGCUUGAACAGUUUGUGAAAGUGACUAAGGAUCCCCAGACAAACAGAGUGACCGUGACAGGUUUCUGCAUUGAUGUUUUUGAGGAAGUUCUUAAGAACUUACCUUAUGCUGUUCCGUUUGACUAUGUACCUUACGGAAUCCCUCACAGCCAAAACCUGCCGGACUAUGAUGAACUUGUCCGCCAGGUUUUUAUUGGGCACUUAUACCUUUGAAAUUAUGUGGUUCAACACAAAAUGCCCCAGAACUAACCACAUUGAAGCACUUGCAUUUCUUGGAUUCCAACAGACGUUUGAUGCAGUCGUUGGAGAUGUGACCAUCUUGGCAAACAGGUCCGAUAGCGUUGAAUUCACACUCCCCUAUACAGAAUCUGGGGUGACAACAGUCGUCCCAGUAGAGCAAGAUAGGAGGAGGAGUGCCUGGAUUUUCUUAAAGCCUUUGAGAACAGAGCUUUGGGUGACAACAGGAGCUUUCUUCAUCUUUAUUGGCUCUGUGAUUUGGGUGCUUGAACAUCGCAUAAACAAAGAGUUUCAAGGUCCUCGUCACAAGCAGAUUGGGAUGAUCUUCUGGUUCUCUUUCUCCACUCUAGUCUUUGCUCAUAGAGAAAAGGUGAUCAGCAAUCUAUCAAGAUUUGUGAUCAUCAUUUGGGUCUUCGUAGUGCUGGUGCUUACCUCAAGUUACACGGCCAGCUUAACGUCCAUGUUAACAGUCCAACAGCUGCAACCAACCAUCUCAAACAUUAAAGAUCUCAUAAAGAACCGAGAACCUGUAGGAUACCAGGAUGGGUCUUUUGUCAGGGGCCUUUUAACGUACAUGCAAUUUGACAGCUCGAAAUUUCGGAAUUACAGCUCGUUAGAAGAGUACCAUGAAGCCCUCACCAAAGGAAGCCAAAACGGAGGUGUUGCUGCCAUUGUUGAUGAACUGCCCUACAUGAGGCUCUUCCUCUCAAAGUACUGUGGGAAGUACACCAUGGUUGGCCCAACCUACAAGACAGCGGGAUUUGGAUUUGUAACUUCACUAAAAACCCUCAGCUUUUAAUCUUCAUUUCAUAAGGCUGCGUUUGGAACUCAGAAAAUGGUAGGGAAAGGGAAAAGGAAAAAUGCAAGGGAAAAUAUUUUUUAUGCUAUAUUUGACUUCGGAAAAUUAAAUAUGCCUACAGAUUUUGAAAAUAUUACAUAAACUGAGAUUUCUUUGACUUUACAUAAUAGAAAUAUACUACGUAUAACUAAAAAGAGUUUGCACAAAUAUCUAAAAUUGAUCUAUUCAAAUUGGACCAAAUUCUUUGAUAAGUCAAGCCACACAAAUAUAAGGUUGAAUUUUUAAGAUUUCUCACACUAAAAUAUAAAGAUACACACCAACAUAUAAAGCCUUGAACUACUACUUUGGAUUUUUGUUGCAGGCAUUCCCAAAGGGAUCACCUCUGGUGCCUGAUGUAUCAAGAGCAGUGUUAAGUGUGAUGGAAAGUGAGAGUAUGACAAGAAUUACUGAUAAGUGGUUCAGUAAUGAGACAGAUUGUUCCCAGCAAGAUGGAACUCUACUGGCAUCAGAAUCAGAUAGCCUAUCACUUGAUAGUUUCAAGGGAAUUUUCCUAAUAGCUGGUCUGGCAGCAUUUUCUGCUCUUCUCAUCUUCGUUUUCAACUUCCUCUAUCAGAACAAAGAAAUCUUAGCAUCUGAUGAUGAUUCAACCUGGCAAAAAGUAUGCACAUUAGCUCUAACCUUUUGGAAAGUAAAUAAGGUCGUGCCUGAAGUUAAUGGAAAUUCUGGACAAGGAAAUGAGAUAACAGGACCACCUAAUGCAGAUCAAGAGAUUAUUUCAGUAACACGAGAUACGGAUGAAGAAAUAUAACAAACUAUAACUAUCACACCCUCAAUGGGGUUCAGAUCGGUUAUAUAUUGAAGUAACCAUGAAUUGACGAAACAAACCAAUGGUUCAAGUGGCUUGUUACAUCCUAAACUUGCUAAUGUCCAUUCAGUUCAGUCGGGUGGGGUGGUUGGAACUGUCUAGGUCGGGUCAGGGUUACAAAAACAAUAAAUAUAGGAAGACUAUUACUCACUUAUAGUCUUACAGAGACUUCCUGUAGAUACUUUAGUCAUGGGUCACAACAAAUGUUUAACCUGAGUAGAAGAUUGAUAGCACAUUCAUGUGGUGACAGACUUUUCGUGCCAGUUAUCUUCUUCGAGCCAGCUAGUCAGCUAGUUGUACAGAGAAGUAGAAGUGUAGAACAAAGUUUAAUUUGAUGAAUUUUAUUAUGUUGUACCUGAACUUGUAUACUCCGUAAGAGUUAUCAGUUGAUUAUACGUGUUGUUAACAGAGUGUAAAUUAUAAAUGUGUGUAAAUAAUCAAUUAUGUCAACAAUAACUUCCUUUCCAGGCACUGAAUAGUAUUAUAUCUUCA